AAUGCAUUUUAUUUUUGGCUCCUCUUGAAAUCCAAAGUUUUUAUUAAAAAAAUUAGAGAAUCCUCCGCAAGAUAGGCAUGCUUGGCACAAAUUGCGAGUUGGUCGCACAAUUUCCGCAGCGACUUAGAAUAGAUUCGAUCCGCAAGAGACAAGCUCCCAGAACCAGAUCCACAUGCCUAUCCCAGGAGCAUCGUCUGUGGCGGCAGAGAAACCAAGUGGAAAUCCAGCAAUUGGCCAAGGUGAUUGGCUACUGUCCCGAGCAAAUUGACGGGUUUCUCUUCGAGCUCAGCCUGCAGAACUACAAUCAUCUGCUGAACCCCAAGGGCUGUGGCUGGGAUGCCUGCAAUGUGCCACUUUGCUUUCCAGAUGUCUGUGAUCGCUAUAUGGCCAUAUUCGAUCAUCAUGGCAACUUAAGAAAUCCCAUCCAGUCGAAGGCCCUCGAUAGUUUACUUCCCAUGCUGUUGGACUAUUUGAAUGAUGACCGAAGGGAUUUGCCAAAAUAUCCUUUCAGUCAUCAAGCAAAUGGUUUAGAAUCGAGUUUGGAAUCUUCGGAUUGGAUCAUUCAUACCUUUGGCAGUUCAGUGUUACCACAGAGGGUGAAAAAUACCAUUAAUAAUCAUGACCUACAAACGGUGGAAAGAAUGGAGCCAGAAUCAGAAUCUGAGAAGGCAUCUCUUGAAGACUUGCGUAAAAAAAAGAAAAAGAAAACAUUCGGACGAAAGUCUCUCUUUCUCAACGACGAACUGGCCCUAGCUUAUGCCAAGCCAGAUGAGUAUGUGGAGUUGCUGAUGAAAGACCUAGGGCGACAUCGCCUCAAGGGCAGCUAUGUGGGUCCUGUGGGAGAUUUGAGGACAGCACGUAUUCGCAUUCUAAUCAGGGAACUGAUCGAAAAGAAGGGAACCAAUAUAACCUAUGAGGAUCUAAGAAAGGCCCUAAAAAAGGUGGAUCUAGAGUGGAAAAGAACGGCCAAAGCAGAUUAUAAACGUGAAAAGAAAACAGCUGUGGAGAUCUCGAAAUUGUACAACGCCAUUGUGCAGAGAAAUUCGGAGCAACCAAUACGGCCCUUCGUUCUAGGAAAAGUCCGUGACAAUUACCCAAAGGUGCCGAGAGCUUCGAAACUUCCCCGCAGAUACUUGGCCGAUCAGGUGCCCAUACUCUUCCAUGAGCCCUUUGAUCCAAAGAAACAUUGGACCUGGCAGCCCCGACAUCCGAGACAAACUCGCCUAAAUUCCAAAAACAAGUUCUCCACCUCCAGGAUCAAACGCGGAUCUGUAAAGGAUCAAAUAGAUCAGUAUGCGGAUCGGUAUUCCAUUCACUCGACUAUUAGUGAUAAGUAUAGAUCCGGGGAGCGAAAGUCGCUGGAACCCCAGUUUGGGGAACCUAAAAAAUAG